UCAAUAUAGUACCAGUCCUCUUUCACUAACACUCAUUCCAGCGUCCAACUCUUCAAUGACUACUUCUGGUCAGGCGACUCAGUGGAAUACGACAUUCAAGAAACGAACUGCAAGAAUCUCGACAGAACUGUCAAAUACAAGGUGCUAUCAGCCUAUGUUGACGACCGCAAAAUCCAUGGCUGCAUGUUCUACACCGAAGACAAUUGUAUAGGCAGCAAUCCGCUAUUUCUCAAAGCUCAAUCAUACCCGCAGAUUCCAGACGAAAUUGGACUUGCUGCUUCGUUCAGAUGCUGCCCUCUUAAUCGAGGAUCUUCUCUGGCACGAGAGAGAUCUCGUAGUCAAGAUCUGAACCACGUCAAUGUGGACAAAAGCUUUUUCCAUACAGAAAACCGACCAAAUGGCCAACCAAACGGAACCGUAAAACUCUAUACCUACCCCAACUUCAAAGGCCAAUACACCAAAUUCCGCGUCUUCCCAAACCACUGCUACUUCCCACCUCGCAAGCUCCGCAACUCUGUCAAGUCCCUCAUCAUCUCAGAUAAAAUCGACUCCUGCACAUUCUGGUCUGAGCCUGGCUGUAAGGGUGAUCCGUAUUGGCUUGGGGCGGGUAGGAUCGAGGAUCUGAAGAAUGAAGGGAGUUCGUUUGUUAGUUUUGAGUGUUUGUUGGUUGGGGAUGAGGAUCCUGAGGGUGUGGUCGGGGAUGGUGAUGGGGAUGGAGGGGAUGAGGGGGGGAAUGGAGAGGUAGACAGUCAUGGGCUAGAGAUGAGGCGAGGGUGGGAUGGGCUGGGAUGGAAAGAUGAUGGGAAGGGAGUAGAUCUUUGACCCGGAGAUGAUUCACCAUCGAAAAAAAAUCAUUACCAGUGGGCUGAGCAAUAG